GUUCUGCCCCAAAUCCACUUGGUGCAUGUCCUGCAUGCAGGGACUCGACAAACCCACGUCGUCUUCCAGUGGUUGGCAUCCCGUGUCAGCCAGAAACAUUUCUUCAUCCCCAUCCCUGCGCCCCUUGCUCUCAGCGGUUGCACUGCCAAUGGACGGACCGCGGUGAGCGAGAACGAUGCGUCAAUUUCUUUCCUUGUUUUGGCUCUCGUUUCUUUCCUUGGUCUUUUUCUCCCCUUCUGCAGCCUCUGCCGCCGACUACCAUGAACAGCUUGUGCUGAGGCCGCUGCCUCAGUCGGCGCUCCUGGCCAGCUUCAACUUCCGUUCCAACACCACCGUCUCCGAAUUCGAGAAGGGCAACUUCCGCUUCUUCCCCCGGUCGCUCGGCCAGAUCUUGCAGCAUGCGGGCACGCGCGAACUGCACCUGAGGUUCGGUCUGGGCAGGUGGGAUGCCGAGAGCUGGGGCGCCAGGCCGUGGGACGGCGCGAGAGAGGGUGGAACGGGCGUUGAGCUGUGGGCGUGGCUUGAGGCGGACACAGACGAAGAAGCCGACCGCAAAUGGCUGACCCUCACCAACGCCCUCUCGGGCCUCUUUUGCGCCUCGCUCAACUUCAUCGAUGGCACCCGUACGACGAGACCCGUCAUGUCCUUCCAGCCGGAAGGCGAUCACGCCACCGUUUCGAACCUGCAUCUCCUCUACGGCGUGCUGCCCCACGAAGUGGUUUGCACCGAGAACCUGACACCAUUUUUGAAGCUCCUGCCUUGCAAGGGCAAGGUCGGAAUCGCAACACUGCUGGAUGGUCACAAGCUGUUCGAUGCGUCGUGGCAGAGCAUGGCCAUUGACAUCCGGCCGGUCUGUCCGGCCGACGGAGAGUGUGUCCUUCAGAUUGAGCAGACCAUCGACAUGGUUCUCGAUAUUGAGCGGUCCAAGCGACCCAGGGGCAAUCCCAUUCCCAGACCUCCGCCCGGUCACGAACUGCCGUGCGACACCUCGAAGCCGUAUCAUUCCCACGACACAUGCUUCCCCGCAGAUCACACGGCGAACCAGGACUGGUCGCUCUCCCAGAUCUUCGGCAAGCCCAUGAAGGGCACCUGUCCCCUGACCGACCCCACCGUUCCGCCAGUCUGCAUCCACGUCCCCGACACCCGCAGCGUUUUCGUCUCCGAAGGGGUCCGCGAGAACAAGAGCGCCUCAGGCGCCUCGCGCUGCUUCGAGAUCCCGCCCUCCGCCGACUUCGACAUGGUCCUGCCGCGCCCAAGCGAGAGCGACCCAGCCGCCAACCAAACCCCGGACAGCGCCAUUGUCCCCCCCGAAACCCCCCUCCUCUACGCCGAGCGCAGCUUCACCGGCCACGGCCAAGAGCGCGGCGGCGUACAGACCAUCCUGCGCAACCCGAGCCCAGACGCCGCCGUCGAGUUCAUCUACAUGGAGUCGCUGCCCUGGUUCAUGCGCAUCUACCUGCACACGAUGGAGGCGCGCGUCGUCGCCGGCGCCGGCGGCUCCGCCCACGCCCGCGCCCGCCCGGACGAGUCGUCGUCCCUGAUUCAGCAGGUCUUCUACCGGCCGGCCGUCGACCGCGCCCGCGGCACCCAGCUGGAGGUGCGCAUGCGCGUGCCGCCGGCCGCGACCGUCUUCCUGACCUACGACUUUGAAAAAUCCAUCCUGCGCUACACCGAGUACCCGCCCGACGCGAACCGGGGCUUUGACGUCGCCGCCGCCGUCAUCACCAUCCUCGACCCGGAUCACCCCGGCCCGCGCUCGGACCAGGGCAGCCCUGCCGCCGGUGCAGGUACCAGCAGUAGCAGUAGCAGGGGAAGUGGCGGUGGCCGCCGCUUCGCGGCCUACACGCUGCGCACGACCACGCUGCUGUGCAGCCUGCCGACGCCCGACUUCAGCAUGCCGUACAACGUCAUCAUCUUCACCUCGACCGCGAUCGCGCUGGCGUUCGGCGGCGUGUUCAACAUCCUGGUCCGCCGCUUCGUGGCCGCUGAUGAGGGCCCCGAGGCCGGAUUGGCGGUGCUGGUCGGUAGGUUGAAGGGCCGGCUGCUACGCGGGGCGGGGCAGGCGGUGAAGGGGAAGAGUUAGUUAGGUACCUAGGUAGUUGGUUGGUGUAGGUGGCAAGGUUUUGUAGGUCUGAUAGACUGUUUCAAUUUAAUGCUGGAGAAUCGUAUGUCGUUGAUGUCCAUUGUGGCAUGUGCAAGCAGUCAGUGACAUGCCUGUGCUGUACCUCUAGGCUUCACUCUGGGUUUGCCUGAACUCGUCUGUCUCCUUCGCGAUCAAGGCAUGGUGAACUACAGC